CCGCCUACUUCCCUAGCUCUACUGCGGAGGACACCACAGCUCCACUUGCUCGUGUUUAAAUACCGCUACACACUCGUCCCUUUUCCAUACCGGCUGCCUCAUCCAGGCAUGGCAGACGGCCUUGUCCCAUCAUGGCAGUGCGACAUUACACCCUCGACUUCAAGCUCUCUGCACCAGCUGACCAUUCUGCGACUGUUCGUGGCCUGCAGUCUAUAUUUCAAGAGCAGGAAAUGACAGAAACUGUCCAUGACACAGAGGGGCAUGGAUACUUGGCUACAUAUAUUGGCAAGAAUGGCAGGCUUGCUAUCCUGAGACUGUACUCUCAUGGUCUGGUGACGUUUGACCUGCAGUGCUGUGAAGCAGAUGAUUUAGCACAAGUGGACAAUCUACUGAAUGCACUGGAAAUGAAAAUGAAGGCUCUGCUGAAUGGAACCAUUCAGAGGGUGAAAAGGCUGCCUGCACUACAGAGAGGGGCAGAGGUGGACAGGUACUGGCCGACAGCUGAUGGCAGACUUGUAGAGUACGAUAUCGAUGAAGUCAUAUUCGAUAAAGACUCUGCUUACCAGAACAUCAAAAUUCUGCACUCGCAACAGUUCGGCAAUAUCCUCAUCCUCAACGGAGACGUUAAUUUAGCAGAAAGCGAUUUGCCCUACACGCAGGCCAUCAUGGGCAAUGGCAGGGAGCACUAUGCUGGAAAGGAGAUUUUGAUCCUGGGAGGAGGAGACGGAGGCAUCCUUUGUGAAGCAGUCAAGCUCAAACCAAAGAUGAUCACCAUGGUGGAAAUAGACCAGAUGGUGAUUGAUGCGUGUCGGAAGCACAUGAGGAAGACUUGUGGAAAUGUUCUGGACAACUUGAAAGGAGACUGUUAUGAAGUUCUAGUAGAGGACUGUGUUCCAAUACUUAAAAAGUUUGUAGAAGAGGGAAGAACAUUUGAUUUUGUCAUCAAUGAUUUAACUGCGAUCCCUAUUUCUACAGCACCUGAGGAGGAUUCAAUGUGGGAAUUUCUGAGGCUUAUUCUUGAUCUAUCGAUCAAGGUUCUCAGACCGAGCGGCAAGUAUUUCUCCCAGGGUAACUGUGUGAAUCUCACUGAGGCACUUAGUGAGUAUGAAGGGUUGCUGAAAAAGCUUUCAUGCAAGGUGGAUUUCUCCAAAGAAGUGGUUUGUGUUCCCUCCUACCUAGAGCUGUGGAUGUUCUACACCAUUUGGAAGAAAUAACACUUUGUCUCUGCUUGCUGAAGACUCGCCGUUUGAUGCACUGAUGGGAGACAUGCACAUACCUCUCCAUGUACUGUUUAGUUUUUUUUUUGUCCCUCUGGACCCUACUUUUUUUUUAAUUUCCAAUUUUUAAUUUGAUUUUUUAAACCACGCUACGAUUGUAUGUUAUUUUUCAGAUUUGGUUGAAAAUUCUCUGUGUGGUAACUCUGUUUUGGCCGUCUAAUGUGUCCUGUUCCACUGUGUGUGCAAGCAUGUACGUGUUAGGACAGGAUUAAUCUUGUUUUUCACCUUGAGUGCAGUGAACAAUCUGACAACCAACUGUUUGCAUUCUGCUUUUAUGCUAAAUUCUGCUUUAUACUGUAGCUUUAUUCAUGAUUUUAAACCUUAACUGAGCUUUGAGUGUGAUUUGACCCACUGGAAAGUUAAUAGCGUUGUUGAUUCAAAUAUGUUAAAAGGGAAAAGGGUUCUGCAGUCGCAGACGUUGCUCUACAAUUUCUUUUGCUAAACUGUGAAUUUUUUUUUUAUUUUAUGAUUAGCUCUUUUUAUGUUUGUUUUUUUGUGUGUGUGUGUGUGUUUGAAGGAAAAAGGCUUUUGUAGGCUGAACCUGAAAGCUGAAUGUAGUUUCCACAUAUUUACAUUCAUGAUUAAUAUUAAGGUGCUUUAUUGAACUUUAUUUAUUUGAUUUUAUUUCAGUAAAUACACAGUAAUCUUACUCUGAAAAUUCAAUAUGGUCAUCAGAGUGAUAAGCAUCUAUUAAAGAAGUUUGGAGAGAA